CUCCGCGGAGGGUGCACUCGUCCCGUGUGUGGUGUGUCAGUGUCACACGAACCGUGGAGUGUGUUUGCGUUCUGCAGCCCGAGCUCCUCACACACUGCUGCAUGCAAACAAACCCCAAAACGGGUGAAGGGGGGGUCGUCCAGGAAGGGACGUGCAAGCAUGCGUGAACGUGUGCGUGUGCAGAUGUUUGGAUCCGCCGGAGGUUUUCUAGGAAUCGGAAGUGCCGAUGGAGCUGCUCGCCCUCUGACCGCCCGCUUUGUUGCAUGAAGGAACACGUUCCCUCGUCUCUCGUCAAAGGAUCCCGGGCUCGGUCGCAUCUCUCUCUCCCCAUGGUGCUCGAAGGCAGGGACAUGGACGGGAUCGGGAACACCAUGCAGAAGAAGGCUGCGGAGCUGGAGCGCCUGGCCGAGGUGCUCGUCACCGGGGAACAGCUGAGGCUGCGGCUCCACGAGGCGAAGGUGAUCAAGGAUCGGCGGCACCACCUGCGAACCUACCCAAACUGCUUUGUGGCCAAGGAGCUCAUCGACUGGCUGAUGGAGCACAAGGAGGCCACAGAUCGAGACAUGGCCAUCAAGAUCAUGCAGAAACUUCUAGACCAGAGCAUCAUUCACCAUGUGUGUGACGAGCACCGGGAGUUCAGAGACUUGAAGUUGUUUUACCGCUUCCGCAAGGACGAUGGAACUUUCCCGCUGGACAGUGAAGCCAAGGUCUUCAUGAGGGGCCAGAGGAUAUACGAAAAAUUGAUGGGCACAGAGAACAGCCUCUUGCAGACGAGAGAGGAGGAGGGCGGGGGGUUCGAGCGGACGCUGGUGGCCUCUGAGUUCAUUGAUUGGCUGCUGCAGGAGGGCGAGAUGGCGACCAGGGAGGAGGCGGAGAGGCUCGGACGGAGGCUUCUUGAACAUGGCAUCAUUCAGCACGUCACCAACAAGCAUCACUUUGUCGACGGGCCCCUCCUCUACCAGUUCAGGAUGAAUUUCCGACGCCGGCGGCGACUCAUCGAGCUCCUUCAUGAGCGCGGCCGCAGCAUCCCCGAGAGCCACGACAGCCCCUUCUGUCUCCGCAAGCAGAACUCAGACGGAGGCAACACCAGCUUCCUCUCAGUGAGUCCCACUAAAGAGAUAAAGGUGGUGGUCGGAGUCCGCCGGAGCAGCAUGAGCAGCAGCUGUGGCAGCAGCGGUUAUUACAGCAGCAGUCCUACGCUCAGCAGCAGUCCACCUGUCCUCUUCAACCCCAAGUCUGUUCUGAAGAGACAAGUGAGUCCAGAGGAGCUGCAGAUGCCAGGAGGACCUUUUCUAAAGAAGACUUUCACAAUUGUAGGCGAUGCUGUGGGCUGGGGCUUUGUGGUGCGAGGCAGCAAACCCUGUCACAUCCAGGCGGUGGACCCCGGUGGACCUGCAGCUGCAGCUGGCAUGAAGGUGUGUCAGUUCGUGGUGUCGGUGAACGGCCUGAGCGUCCUCUCCCACGACUACCGCACCGUCAGCAGCCUGAUCCUGACUGGACCCAGGACAAUCGUCAUGGAGGUCAUGGAGGAGGUAUAAGUUUGAGAAGAGCUAUGAGAGAAACUUUCAUAGAAGACCAGUGUGAUAAUAACGUGGGAACUCGAAGGUUUCAGACUUGACCUCAGAACCACACAGACAGAACCGUAGAUGACUUGAGACGCACCCACCGUUCUGACGUUGUUUGGAGAAGGUGGAAGACGGAGAAACGCUGUGUGUCAAUGUGGGUGUUCACGUCAAGUAAAUGCUUGAGCCGCCACCUCUGCAGACGUUAAUCCAGCGUCUUCAUUGUGACUCUCACUCUUAAAGAGGAGGCCCCAAACUUGAGGUGGAAAACGUCAAUUUCCUCAUUUUGUUUUUGACUUCAACACCGAACUGGAUCGUGAAUCUGUUGCUGGACAGAUCGAGGACGUGAAAACAAUGAUUUUCUCCUAUUAGAAACUGGAGAUAAAGAAGUCAAAGCUGGAAAAUCAACAAUAAGGAAGAAGGUUUCAUGUUGACACCUUGAGUGACCUCUCCCCCACUUAGUUUCCAACCAUGGACUGAACCCUUCUGAUGACACAACGCUGCCCCCUGCUGGGAUGAACAGGCAGACACAGAGAGGGAGCACAUUUACUGGAUCUUCAUACAGUAAAUCACAGAUCUUAGGUUUCGGGGUGUCAUAGUAAUUUUCUUUACCAGGCAAUCACCAUUUUAAAAAAGAGAAAACAUUUUUUUUAAGCCUUGUCGUGUGAAAACCCCACAGACAAAUACAUUUCUGCACACUUGCUUAUUUGUUGGUGUACAUAAAACAAAUGCAGUGAUAAUCUGCAUGAGACAUUACCAGGCACAAUGUACAUGGAAAUUAUGCACAGACAAACAAAAGAAGGAACCCUGCUUCAAAUUGUCUUUAUGCAAUGAAGCCUCAUUAAUGUGAUGAGAAUAUCUUGCAACUAAUUGUUUUUUAAAAGGAUUCAUUUCCUUUUUAUUGGUGACGCCUGAUAUACAGACCUUAAACUUACAUAAUUAUUUGUAAGAGCUUGUUUGAGAGUUAAUAUUGUUUGUUAUAUUUACUGCUGAGAGGCUCUUUGCUCCAAAACACCUUUUGGAAAUCUUGCUAAGAAAUUUUACACUUAUUGACUUAAAAAAAAAUAAAAUACAGCAGUGGCAAAUGCAUAUAAAUCCUGCUAUUGGAGCCAUGGUGUGCCAACCAGCUUUCCUGGAACACUUCACAGUUAAAGCAUAAAAAGCAAGGUAUUUUAUUGACCUUUUGAUUAUAGAUAUUGUAUUGACAGUAACUGUUCUUUGAUGUUUGAUGACUAUUAAAGAGUAGAAUGAAUAUGAGUGUUUAAGAAUUCAGACCAUAACCAAGAUAGAAAUGUCCAAAAUCUCAUAUUUUAAUAUCAACCAUUACUUCACUGAUGUUACAAAAGUAAUCUUUAAUUUGAAAAUUAACACAGUAACACAUGCAAAUGACAAAAUAAUGAAUCUGUCCAGCUUUGUGUGUCAGGUGACUAUUUUGGUCCAAUCAAGAUUCAGUGAUUGUGGCUACAGUCAAAGUUAGAUAAGUUUAAUUAGCUUAACAUGGAAAAUCCCAUAAGGGAACGUUUUGGUUACAUCUUUAAUGAGCAUUAUUAACUCUAGGCAAUUGAUUUAAUUGACUAAAGCACUUAGGUAAGGCUUUCCUUUUUUGGAAUAACAUUUAGAAUUUAAAUAUUUAUAUGUACUUAAACCAUCUCAUAUUAGAUCUGACAUCCUUAUAAGAAACGAUAGUCUCCCGCUCACCCCACAAUCCUGUUCUCCUUCAUCAUCUGUGUGUGAUAAUCACAAGUGCAGGAAACUGUCCAGUAAAAUGUAAACAUCUAAAGGCAAGUUGUUUUUAAGGGUAUUGUUUAGGUAAUUGAAGUUGUUAGUGUACGUGGAAUUUGGUGCUUGUGUGUCUGAUUAGUUUUUGGCCCCUUAAAAUCAAGCACACACUCCAAAGCAACAGACAAUUUAAUAUUGAAGGGUCAUUUCCCCCAAUUCAGAGAAAAACACAUUUGCUCUUGUGCGUCUGUAGUGAUGCCCAACCAUGCAGACAGGUCGGAGGAAAGUUAAAAAUCACAAAUAAUUUUACUCUUGUUAUCUGGGAUUUGGUUUGUCCGGAGUCUAGAUCCUGAGUUAAAUGAAGGUUCACUGGUUUAAAGUAGGAUAGAAGUUCACACAAAUGCUAUUGUUCAUCAGAAAUUAACUGUAUAAUAUUUACUGUGUUAAGUAAAUUACUGUGCUAUGAUGUGUUUAUAAUGAAAAGAUCAUAGUUGAAUCUAUAUAAUGAUAAAAAGAGGAGCAUGAUGAGUGAUGCUCAUACAGUCUGUGUCUGUAAAGCUGAGUAAACACUUGUGAACUGCGCCUGCCUCACUGGAUUUGUGCUUAGUUUAGUCCUGCAGUGAGAUUAUUUCAGAGAAAGAAAAUGCUCUACACUGAGAUUUGUUUUCUAUUCAAGGUGAACAUGUAUUCAGGGCGUCUUCGUUGCCAAACAGUCAAACUACAUCAAGUCACACAUCACACUGCCUCAGAUUGUGUCCUCAGUGACUUAUUCAGAGGACACGCCACUGGUGUUUUCUCAGUGUGCUUCGGUGUCGUGAGCAGUGAAAAGAUGACUCCUGUAAAUCUGUGCUCAUGUAGCGUUAGCUCUGGAUCCAAAGUACCUCUUCAGUCCAUAGUGACUCAUAGGAAUGUAUUAUUGGACAAAUGGACAUUAGACAAGUCAGAAGUAAGGUCCAUUUGGGCCUUUUUUUUAGAAGUCUCUGGUUCCACAUGCUCUCUGUGCCGUUGUCCAGGUUACAGCAGGAAGAAAACUGAACACAACUUCCUCAACUCAGUAAAUAUAAUAUUUUCAAUCUUCUCAGAGGCUGCUAAUAUUCUCUGAUAACAUUCAAGACCUUUUGUCUUGGCUGUUGUUGGAUGAUGCCAUAAAAUGAUCUGUUUAUAUUCUGUGUAAAGUAGAUAUUUUACUGGUGGGGGUUUUGCUGCAUUCGAGGAGCAGAUGUCAGGGACCCUGGGUACAAAGAUUUCAAUAUUCUUCUUUCAUACUUUUUCAGCAGGUCAAAAUCACUUCUCACCCGCUAACUGCAGACAUUUGUGAUUCUUCAUUAACCUACUGCGGCGAUGUCAUCAGACUUUAAACAGCUCAUAUCUACACUCAGCAGGGACUCAUCAAAAACUCAGCCGGCCUCAGUUUGUAAUUUCUCAGUUUCUGUGCGUGGAAAAUGAUCUGCUUAACGGGUUUGUUGAUUCUCAGAGAAGAGACGGAGAAUGUUGCAUGAUUUUUCCGAGGUCUGAGUGAUGCAGGAGCGACAAACGUUCCCCUUCCCCCUAAGAAAUGCGUCUUGUGUGUUAAUGUGGAUUUUCGAAGGAGCUCUGUGUGGUUGUGUUUGUCUGAAACGGGUUCACAAACUUCACAUUUGCCUUAAGAUCUUGUUUUGCUGCUAAUCCCAGUUGGUUGUCAUCUCAUCUCUUGCUCUUUUCCCAGCUAUGCUUUCUCUGACUUUGUGUAUUAAAAACAAACUGUAUCAGGUGACCUAUGGACAAUCAGUGUUUUAUGGACACCAACUUUUAAAUGACACACACUGGUUUCAAAAGCAACGGUGACAGAUUGUAUUUCAUCACCCUCCUCUUCAUCAUGGUGUCAGUUUUACUCACCUCAUUCAACUACAGGGAUUUUCUUCUUUAUGCUCACAUCAUGAGAUCUGAGUGAAAGGGCGAACAUUUUCACAACAGGCACAGCUGUCUUUCUUUCUUUUUUCUUCACUAUCAGAGUUUGAAUGUUGGUUUGAAGACAAUUAUAAGACGCCUGUUGAAGUUCAUUCUGAUGUUCUAAUGUAUUAAACAGUUAAUCAAG